UCUGAGCCUUGGGAUAAAAACAAACGUCCUCAUUGGAACAGAAGCAGAACGAACGAACGAACAACUGGAAACAGGACUGAACUCAUCCACCGGCUGAUCUGUUGAGUCUUCCUGCUUUACGAUGGCGUCCUGUCUACUGACCCUCCUCGUCCUCUUCAUCCCAUUGUUGCCCUCCAUCAUGGCCGCUGAACCGGCCGGAUGUAAAAUUCGGAUCACCGAUAAAGGACUGGACAUGUUGAAGGCUGAGACUCAGAGGUUUGUUGAAGAGGAGCUCAGUAACAUCAGUAUGCCAGAGAUGGAGGGCAAAGAAGGACGCUUCCAGUACACCAUCACCAAUGUGAAGAUCACAGAGAUGAAUCUGACUCACGUGGAUCUGCGUUUCAUCCCAACCGUCGGGUUGUUGUUUGACGUCCAGAACUCGUCGAUCACUCUGAGCUUCCACAGACGGAUCCUCUACUGGUUCUUUUACGACACAGGAAACAUCAGUGCAUCGGCGGAUGGUGUGAACAUCAACACAGUUCUGAAUCUGAUCCGAGACCAUGAAGGUCGACUUAAGAUCAACAACAUCACCUGUGACGCCAGAAUCGAGAAAAUGAGAGCGAAGUUCAGCGGGACGCUCGGGAAGGUCUACGAUUUCAUCUCAGGUUUUCUGACGAGUGGUAUGCGCUUCCUCCUCAACCAAAAGAUCUGUCCGGCUCUGGACCACGCUGCUCUGGUCCACGUCAAUGCGAUGCUGGAUUCAAUCCCUGUGAAGACAGAGGUCGAUGGCUACAUCGGGAUUGAUUACUCUCUGCUCAGUGACCCUUUGGUGACCUCUAAGAGUCUGGACAUGGAGUUCAGAGGGAUGUUCUUUAACCUGGCCAAUGAGAACGACAUUCUGGCCAACAGCGCCGUGGACCCGGUCAUCACAGAGUACGACAGGAUGGUCUACCUGGCUCUGUCCGAGUUCUUCUUUGACAGCGGAAUGUUCUCCUACUACAAAGCUGGAAUAUUCCAGAUGGACAUAGUGAACGAGAAGAUGCCCAAAGAUCUGGAGCUGUUGUUGAGAACUACCUACUUUGGAGCCCUCAUGAUGUUGAACCCGGCGCUGAUGGACGCUCCGCUCGCCCUCCAGCUCGCCGUCAACUCCCCCCCAAAAACCACCAUCAAGACGUCGGGAGCAACAGUCGUCGUGACGGCCAUCGUCAAGGUGCUGGUUCUGCCUCCAGGACAGCCUCCAGUCCAGCUCAGCAGCAUGACCAUGGAAAAUAAAUUUAAUGCAAAAGUUUCAAUGAAGGGAAAACGUCUGGCUGUUCACGCUGACCUGCGCAGGUUUAAAAUAUUCUCCAAUCAGUCGGCUCUGGAAUCUCUGGCACUGAUUCCUCUUCAGGCUCCUCUGAAGACGAUGCUGCAGAUGUCUGUAGUUCCUUUAAUCAACAACUGGACAAAGAGAGGAGUUCAGAUUCCUCUGGCUGACGGCAUGGAUUUCAUUGAGGAAGUGGUUGAAUAUCAUAAUGGUUACAUUGUGAUCGGAGCAAACCUUCACUUCAGCAAAGGACUGAGAGAAAUGAUCGAAGGGAGCGAAGUCGCCUCCAACAGCACCGUGUAAACAUGUAAAAAUACACAACAUGUAAAUAUGUAGCACAUGCAACACUGUCCAUGUAUAUAAAUACAAUGUAAAUAUAUACAACACUGCACAUGUUCCAGUAGACGCACAAACACACAGGGGUGUUUCUGUUGUACAUGUACUGUAUGUGUUUACUUAGACACUGUCAAACAUGAAAUGCUGAUGGAGGUCAGGGAAACUCAGCUGUUCAAACAAUAUUUAUCACAACAAAUUAAUAAACAUUAACUUUCAAAAGCCCAAACCCAACAAAUCUAUUGCUGUAAAAUAACCUCUAGUUUCCCUUUUCUUUGUCUCAUUCGGACAUUCAGAGGCUCCACAAUUUAUGCAAACACAUAAUUUUGACUGUUUGUAUUAGUUUAGUUGAUUUUAUAAUUCAAUUCACACAUGUGCACAUGCUCAGUUAAUUAAAUAUAAAUAAAUCCUGUGAAAAAUAUUAAGAUGAAGGGCCUUAACCUGCUUAGUAAAGAUUACAUACAGAGAAAAACAAAUAAUCUGGAACCUGAAAACAGUCACUUUGUUAAGUGUUCACAAUAAAAACAUAAUUUUUAGUUUAAAUUUCAAUAAAAUGAUCCAUUCUCAGACAAGGAAAAUGUAAAAUUUAAUGAAACUUUGAGUUCUAAAUCAAAGAAAACUGAUGCCAGCUGACAGAAAAACAGAAUAAAUAAAGAAGAUGCAGAUGUCUGGAACUUUGAGGGUUAAAUGCUCCAUAAGUCACUGUAUUUUGCAGUUGUUUUAAAAUUAAAGGUCCAAUGUAUAAUAGUGACAUCUACUGGUGAAGUUUCAGAUUUAUUCUCUUGCACUUCAACACUGAAUCUCAGAUGAAAUGAAAAAAAAAGAAAAGAAGUCCAUUCUGAGCAACUGCAGAAACAUGGUAGUUCUUAUAACUAAAGCAAACACAAAAUGCUAAAUAUCCUGUUUAAUUGUAAUGUUUAUAAAGAGGUUUUAGCUGCAGAAUCAUGUGACAUGAACAUUAUUACAGACACAGAGUGAAUAAUGUGUUUGGAUUGUGAAUAUGGCUGAAGGAGGUUGAGUUUUAGAUACAGGUAGAUUAACACAUUUUACCUCAACUCACAACUAAACACAAGAUGAUUAUGUCCUCACAAAUGUGGUGAAUGUUGUUUAUUUGUACUGUAGCCAUGACAACCAGUGUUACAUGAAACAGAUUUGUUGAAUAAAGAAACUAAACCAGAAA